CAAAAUGGAAAGGUUGCUAUAGUGACUGGAGGUGCUAAAGGAAUUGGUUACCAAACUGUGAAGCAUUUGGCAAGACUUGGCAUGCACGUUAUAAUAGCUGGAAACAGUGAGAGUGAGGGCCAAGAAGCGGUGAGGAAAAUACAAGAAGAAACUUUGACUGGAAAAGUGGAGUUUUUAUACUGUGAUUUGGCUUCCAUGAAGUCUAUACGGCAAUUUGUGCAGCGGUUUAGAGCAAAGAAUUGUCCACUCCAUGUCCUGGUGAAUAAUGCUGGGGUGAUGCUGGUCCCUGAAAGGAAGACAGAGGAUGGGUUUGAGGAGCACUUCGGCUUGAACUACUUGGGACACUUCCUGUUGACUAACCUCCUCUUGGGUACGCUGGAGCAAUCAGGAACGCACAGUCACAACGCUAGGAUCAUCACUGUCUCAUCAGCCACCCAUUAUGUAGGCAAAUUGCACCUGAACGACUUACAAAGCAGAUGUUCGUAUUCGCCCCAUGGAGCCUAUGCCCAAAGCAAACUUGCCCUUGUGUUAUUUACCUAUCGACUACAGCAUCUUCUGACUGCAAAUGGAAGCCAUGUGACUGCUAAUGUAGUAGACCCUGGAGUAGUGAAUACUGAGCUCUACAAGCAUGUCUUUUGGGUUGUAAAAGUGGUCAAAUGGAUGACAGCCUGGCUAUUUUUCAAGACUCCAGAGGAAGGAGCCUCUACAAGCAUCUAUGCAGCAGUAUCACCCGAGAUGGAAGGAGCUGGUGGCUGCUACCUUUACAAUGAAGAAAGGACAAAAUCGGCUGGCAUAGCAUAUGAUGAGGAGCUGCAGAGAAAGCUCUGGACAGAAAGCUGCAAGAUGGUUGGGAUUUCUGAUGAAUCCAGCAGAGUUCCCUAGAAGAAGCCACUUCCAGCUGGGUAAAUGAAAUGUAUUGACAAGCAUCUUAGGCGAAUUCUUGCAGCAUCAGUCAUCAUCCUGGAAAUCACUGUUCAGUCCCAAAGGCAAACAUGAACAGCUCUGUUCUUCACUUGAACCCCUAGUCUGCUAGGGUGGGGGGGGAGUAUUCCCACAGAAAGAUGUAGUGGUUGGUUUUAAAUCUAACCAUCAGUUUUGUAAAUCAUGAUGUUUCAGUCUGUGAUUAAAAUACAAUCUUUAACCUUGUGCAGAG